AUGGAAGUUCCAGAAAGAGACAAAUCAAUACGAUUUGGGCUCGAGAAAUUAUACGAAUUUCCAUUUCAGGGCAAGAGAGUAUAUUCUUUUUGCAAAAUAAGCAAGUGGGAGUACCUUGUUGCAAGCCAAACAGGAUUGCAAUUAUUCAAAGAUGGCAAUAUGGUAGAAAACUUUCCUAUAUAUCUUACUUUUGUUCAGUAUAUUCCAGAGCUUGAUAUUAUUUUAGGCGUUUCGACCGGUGUCCCAUAUUUAGUUUUUAUUUCAAAUAGAAAGAAAAAGCUUCAAUCUCCUGUCAAAUUUCGAUUAACGAUUUCGCUCGUAAAGCAAGCAGAAUACUCGCACAAGACAAACACACUGAUUGUCAAUGGUGCAGGAAUAGAAUGCGUUUGCUUGAAAUCAAUUUAUAAAUUACAACAAGAUUUUCCAACUAUAACAGUUUUCAGUAAAUUUAAAAUUAAUAACCCUUUAAUUGGCAGCAAAAUAUUCGUUGAUAAUAUAAAAGAAAGAAUCAUAGCAAUGACACAAACAGGAUUUAUGUAUUUUGAUUUUUACGGCAAACAAAUUGGAAAUGAAAUCACCUUAAAUUUCACCACUAUCAAAACUGCCACGGCUAUCUUUAGAGAAAAAAACACGACAAUCAAUGACCAUUAUAAAAGAAUGCUCAUCACUGAUUUGGAUGGUCAAGUUCUAUUUUACCAUUCAAGCGGGAAAUUACUAAAUUCGUUCAUUGUUUCGAAUCGCCAGUUUCAAUUUACUCAAUUCGUUAAUUCUGAAUUUGUUGUUUGUUGUUCAGAGAAAACCGUAUCUUUAUUGGAUGUUAAAACUGGAAUGAUUUUGUAUUGUGAUGAAUUUGAAUACCAGCCUACUAUGACAUUAUUUUUCAAUGGUCCAUCAAUAGGCUUUUUGAUUGACGGAGAUAUACACAUAUAUGAAAUAAUAAUGCCCUGGAAGUUAUUCCAACAUGAUUCAUCUCAAUCAAUUUUCAUGAAGAGAUUUAGCGGAUAUGAUAAAAAUAUUCCUGGAAGAAUUGUUAAAUUAUCUAAGUCUGGGAUUGUUUCUUUAGUUUCUCCUCAAAAUGGAUUUCUUUUAUCGAGUUGCACUUCUAACUCUGCACAAGUAAUCACAUCCGUUUUCUAUGAUAGAGGCUACUUGUUCUUCAAUGGGACAAUGGAGAAUUUGAGCUCUGAAGAAAGAUUGUUUUUGAUACAAGAAAAUGGUAUGGUCGAUUUGUUUUAUUUGCAAAAUAAUGAUUUUAUUUACAGUGAAACAUUGAAAUGGGCAGCAAACAAAAUCUUGCCAAUUAAAAUGACAAAUAGAUUUGCAUUUGCUGUUUUGAACAAAUAUAGAGAUUUGGUAUUUUAUGAUUAUAAUGAUUUUUCUGUAUUGACAAGGAAAAAAAUUGAUUACAAGAAAUUCCAAAACGCAUUUUUUGAUAGCUUGCUGAAUUUACUGGUAAUUGUAUACGUAGAUAUCGUUGUUAUUUACUCAACAAAUGAAAAGAAAGUUAUAAAAGAAAUUCACAAAAAAAUGACGAAACUCUCUGCGAUGGAAAACUCGAAGUUAAUAUUUUCUAAUACUAAUAAAACUGUAUCGAUUUACGAUGUUUCUAAAAAUGGCUUGAUUGAAAGAGCUGUGAUGAACAUGAGCGAUGAAGUCACCAGUAUUAAUAUUGAGUAUUCGAUCAUAUAUAUAUUGACAAGGAUGAAUACAAUUUAUAUUGGAAAUGACCAAGGGGAAAUGACAAAAAUUUACAUUCCUUUCAAAGUUCACUGUCUUUGCUUACUGAAUAAGAAAUUUGAUUUAUUAGUUUGCGUUGAUAGAAAUAUAAUGCAAAUUGAAGGUUCUAAUUUUUCUAAUUUGAAAAAUGAUAAUUUUGAAUAUGAUGAAGACGAUUCUGUUCAAAACGAAAUACUCCUGACAAAUGGGAUCAUUUUUAAUAAUCUUAAUGAUAAUAUGUAUUACAUCACCGAACCUGAUAAUUCUUCUCGCAGAUCAUCAAGGAAAUUCAAAACUUUGCAAAAUGCAAUUGAAGAGUAUCAAAGAUCUCAUACUAUUUUGCCCGAAUUCGAAGAGGAGGAAGAAAUUAAGCCUAAAGUUGUGAUUUCGUUGCCAAGAGAAAGACAACCAGUUAAAAACAUUGAAAAUAGAGAUUCUGUUCUCAAGGAGAUGCUACAACUUGAAGCAAAUGUAGAAUUACCUGUUGAUAUAAACAAAAUUUUGAAGAAACAAAAAACCACUCCAGAAGAAGAAAAAAUAGUUGAUAAUAAACCUCAAAUUGAAGUUAAACAAAUAGAGAAUAAUACACAGAACAAAGACGAGGAAGAAGAAGCUAAGGAUGUCAAUAAAAUUGAUAUUCCGAAUAUAAUGAAAACUAGAAAGAAAAAGAAGAAGAUAAAGCAUAAAAAAGAAAAACCGGAAGUUGUGGAGGAACCUCAGCCUAAGCCUUUGAUUCUAGGAAAUUCUACAAGUAAAAGAAGGCAAAGAUCUCAGUCUCAACAUGUUAUUGAAAUUGAUAGAUCGUUAUUAUCUGUCAAACCAAAACAAAUCGAAACUCCUCAAAGAAAAUAUUCGGAAUUCCAUAUGCCUCCGAAAAUCCCUAUUAAGCCGAAUCAAAAAACUGAGGAUGAACCUCAAAUAGUCGUUAAUCCUCCAAAAAAUCCUACCAAGGAUGAACUUUUCGAUAAUUCAACUGAGCAAAGUUUAAUUAAGAAUUCAAGAGGGGAAACAGUUUCUAAUUUCACCGAAAUUUUUGACAGACAGCAAGAAUCUAAUAAGAUUCAUACAAUUAGUACACAAAAGAAACCAGAAAGUCACGUUCACACAAGAAAACUUGCGAAACUAAAACCAAUCGUUAAGACAACUGCAAAAACAAUUAAUAUUCCAAGUGUUAUCACUGAAAAACUUGAAGUGGCCAAAUACGAACAGAGUAAUUCAAGUGCCAGUAAUUUAUCAAUUAAUUCUGAUAUCGAAAAGAUAGACUCCAAUAUCUCUUGGGAAGAAUUAUCAAAUGAUAAUUUUACUGAGUUUUCUUCACCAGCUCAAGAUAAAAUUCAUCCUGAAAAUCCUUCAAUUAUUGAGAAUACCUCUGUUAUUAAUGAAGUAAUCAAUGAUGUUAUAGAAGAAGCUCCAAAACAAAUUGCUCAAUUUUUGAGUCAAUCAUCAGAGAGCUCUUCAAUCGUUGAGGCAAGCCAUCAAAAUUCUGUUGAUUCUGUUGAUGAAAAUUCGGCCAAAGAAGAAGAAAUCAAGAAAAAGAUUGAAGAACUUUCUUUAAAGGUUAAAGAACCGAAUUUGAUUCGAUCAAAUCCAAGAAAUCAAGCUCAAAAAGUAAGUUCAAGAAGAUCAGAAAUUAUCAAAAAAGCUAUCGAAGACAACAGAAGACUUAACAACUCUGUGAAUAGUGAUUAUUCACCAAAUCAACAAAAUGACAAAAAACAUUUUGAAAGAAAGCCAAUGAUUUCUCUGAUUCCGCAAAUUUCAACUCAGAGAAAAUUUGAUCUUACGCCAAACAAAAUUCAAACUAAUUUAGAUGAUAAAGAGUUAUCAGAAAUUGUUAAUCAAUGUUUAUUUGACGAAAUGACAAGCUCAAAAUCGUAUAAUAUGGAGAAUAUGCAACAGAUAUUCUCAAGAUCAGGAAGAAGGAUGCUCAUUACUCAAGAAGAUUGCAAAAAGCUAUUAGAAAAGUUCAGAAUGAUGAACAUAAAUUAUGAAUCAAUAAAAUUUAAAAAGAUUCCAAGUGGAAUGAAAAUUGCUCCUAAACAAAUGAUUUAUCCAAAAUCACUUACUUUACCGAAACUUAAAAAUGGGGAGAAAUUACAGGAAAUUGUUGAUUCUGACCUUGAAUACUCCGAUGAUGAAAAACUGGAUACCAAUGAUGAUUUUGUAUCAUCUGAAUUAGAUGGAUCGUUUGUUAAAGAAUCAUCAUUUGAUAGCUUCAAGAGUUUGGGAUCCCAAGUUAAUCCACCAAAGAUCUUUGAUAAUAGAUGUUUUCAAAUUGAGGAAGAGCAACUUAACAUGGAUGGCACAAAGAAAAAGAGAAUUAAUUAUUUUUAA